CGCGGUGACGCGCGGGGCUGCUGCGGCUGCUCAGCCGGCGGAUCAUCACUCUCUGGCUGGGAUGGACGCGGGGCGGGCGGGCCCUGGCGCGCGGGGCCAGGAGUCCGGGCCUCCCGGCUGCUGAGCGUUGCCCGAAGCCUACCCCUUACCUCCGCUUUCCCUCAUAGGAUCUGUGCCGACCCCCGCCCCGGGGCUCCAGACUCGGCUCCCGCCCUCCUCUGACUCCCCGGACCUCCCCCUCCCGCCCGCCCUCGGGAUCGACUAGAUCCCUCCCCCUCCCUGAGGAUUCCGGCUGGAUCCCUGCCCCUGCACCGCGGAUCCUGCGCUCCCGGGUUUUGGCCCCCUGGGGAUUGCCGUGGACUCCUCCUCCCGUACCCGAUCCCUCAGGAUCCUCCGCCUAUACCGCCUUUUGGUCCCUCGAAGCCAGCCCACGGAGCCAGUGGAUUCCCAAUCCAGCCCUGUCCCGUUGCCUCCUCCUCCCUCCGCCGUCCCCACUGCGGGGUUCCCUGUUCUUGGGCUCCUCCUGACCCCAUCCCCUACCUCUCCUUUCCCCGGGGAUCGACUGGAUCCCGGCCCCGCCCCCGGGGGCUGGGGCGAUCUCCCUCCCCCGCCGGGUGAGGCGCUGCGGGCGGGGGCUGGGCCUGCGGGGCCGCGGGGGCUCAGAGGCAGCCGCCCCCCUCCCGAAGCCCGUCCGCCCCCUACUCAGAGCCCUGGAUGGAGGCACCACGGCCCCAGGGCUGAGCCAGGUUGGGCCUGCCUUCACCUUCUCCCACUUCCUUCCCCUUCCCCACCCCUCGCCCCCUCCAUGGAGAGGAACAGACCCCUUCUCUGUCCCGUCUAACCCAGGUCCCUCCCCACCCCCCUCCUCCCUCCCUUUCCCCCGCCCCCUCCUCCCUCCUGGGGCGAGGGGGGCCUCCCUCCCUCUCCCCCCCCUUCUCUCUCUCUCCGAGGGGGGGGGUCCCGGGGAGGGAGGGGGGGUCCCCCGAUCAGCAUGUGGCUCCUGGCGCUGUGUCUGGUGGGGCUGGCGGGGGCUCAGCGGGGGGGAGGGGGUCCCGGCGGCGGCGCCCCGGGCGGCCCGGGCCUGGGUCUUGGCAGCCUCGGGGAGGAGCGCUUCCCAGUGGUGAACACGGCCUACGGGCGAGUGCGCGGCGUGCGGCGCGAGCUCAACAACGAGAUCCUGGGCCCGGUCGUGCAGUUCCUGGGCGUGCCCUACGCCACGCCCCCCCUGGGCGCCCGCCGCUUCCAGCCGCCUGAGGCCCCCGCCUCGUGGCCCGGCGUGCGCAACGCCACCACCCUGCCGCCCGCCUGCCCGCAGAACCUGCACGGGGCGCUGCCCGCCAUCAUGCUACCCGUGUGGUUCACCGACAACCUGGAGGCGGCCGCCACCUACGUGCAGAACCAGAGCGAGGACUGCCUGUACCUCAACCUCUACGUGCCCACCGAGGACGGUCCGCUCACAAAAAAACGUGACGAGGCGACGCUCAAUCCGCCAGACACAGAUAUCCGGGACUCCGGGAAGAAGCCGGUGAUGCUGUUUCUGCAUGGCGGCUCCUACAUGGAGGGCACCGGGAACAUGUUCGAUGGCUCUGUCCUGGCCGCCUACGGCAACGUCAUUGUAGCCACACUCAACUACCGGCUUGGGGUGCUCGGUUUUCUCAGCACUGGUGACCAGGCUGCAAAGGGCAACUAUGGGCUCCUGGACCAGAUCCAGGCCCUGCGCUGGCUCAGUGAGAACAUUGCCCACUUUGGGGGCGACCCCGAGCGCAUCACCAUCUUCGGAUCUGGAGCAGGGGCCUCCUGUGUCAACCUUCUGAUCCUCUCCCACCAUUCGGAAGGGCUGUUCCAGAAGGCCAUCGCCCAGAGUGGCACUGCCAUCUCUAGCUGGUCUGUCAACUACCAGCCGCUCAAGUACACGCGGCUGCUGGCGGCCAAGGUGGGCUGUGACCGGGAGGACAGCGCCGAGGCUGUGGAGUGUCUGCGCCGGAAGCCUUCUCGGGAGUUGGUGGACCAGGACGUGCAGCCCGCCCGCUACCAUAUCGCCUUUGGGCCCGUGGUGGACGGUGACGUAGUCCCCGAUGACCCUGAGAUCCUCAUGCAGCAGGGAGAAUUCCUCAACUACGACAUGCUCAUCGGUGUCAACCAGGGAGAGGGCCUCAAGUUCGUGGAGGACUCGGCGGAGAGCGAGGACGGCGUGUCCGCCAGCGCCUUCGACUUCACCGUCUCCAACUUUGUGGACAACCUGUAUGGCUACCCGGAGGGCAAGGAUGUGCUGCGGGAGACCAUCAAGUUUAUGUACACGGACUGGGCCGACAGGGACAAUGGCGAGAUGCGGCGCAAGACCCUGCUGGCGCUCUUUACCGACCACCAGUGGGUGGCACCGGCUGUGGCCACCGCCAAGUUGCACGCUGACUACCAGUCCCCUGUCUACUUUUACACCUUCUACCACCACUGCCAGGCUGAGGGCCGGCCCGAGUGGGCAGAUGCAGCGCACGGGGAUGAGCUGCCCUACGUCUUUGGUGUGCCCAUGGUGGGCGCCACCGACCUCUUCCCCUGCAACUUCUCCAAGAAUGAUGUCAUGCUCAGCGCCGUGGUCAUGACCUACUGGACCAACUUCGCCAAGACCGGCGACCCCAACCAGCCGGUGCCACAGGACACCAAGUUUAUCCACACCAAGCCCAACCGCUUCGAGGAGGUGGUGUGGAGCAAGUUCAACAGCAAGGAGAAGCAGUACCUGCACAUCGGCUUGAAGCCGCGCGUGCGCGACAACUACCGCGCCAACAAGGUGGCCUUCUGGCUGGAGCUCGUGCCGCACCUGCACAACCUGCACACGGAGCUCUUCACCACCACCACGCGCCUCCCUCCCUACGCCACGCGCUGGCCGCCGCGCCCGCCCCCUGGUGCCCCGGGCACUCGCCGCCCGCCGCCUCCGGCCACCCUGCCGCCCGAGCCCGAGCCCGAGCCGGGCCCCCGGGCCUACGACCGCUUCCCCGGGGACUCCCGAGACUACUCCACGGAGCUCAGCGUCACCGUGGCCGUGGGCGCCUCCCUCCUCUUCCUCAACAUCCUUGCCUUCGCCGCCCUCUACUACAAGCGGGACCGGCGGCAGGAGCUGCGGUGCAGGCGGCUCAGCCCCCCCGGCGGCUCGGGCUCCGGCGUGCCCGGCGGGGGCCCCCUGCUCCCUGCGGCCGGCCGUGAGCUGCCACCCGAGGAGGAGCUGGUGUCGCUGCAGCUGAAGCGGGGCGGGGGCGUCGGAGCGGACCCUGCGGAGGCCCUGCGCCCCGCCUGCCCGCCCGACUACACCCUGGCCCUGCGCCGGGCGCCGGACGAUGUGCCUCUCUUGGCCCCCGGGGCCCUGACCCUGCUGCCCAGCGGCCUGGGGCCACCCCCUCCCCCGCCACCCCCCUCCCUCCAUCCCUUUGGGCCCUUCCCCCCACCUCCCCCCACCGCUACCAGCCACAACAACACGCUCCCCCAUCCGCACUCCACCACUCGGGUAUAGGGGGCGGCUCGGGGAGGCCCCCCUCCCCGGCCCUCCCGGCCCGCUCAGAAGGCAGGGAGGAGGACUUGGCGACAGGCUUUUGUCGUGUGGAGCUGUCACACGUCGAGGAGCUUUAGGUGGACAUGGGUUUCCUCGCCGGGAUGUGUGCGCUUCUCCCGCGCGGAGUGGCUCGUUCUCUUCUCCGGACCCGGGCCUUUGAACAACUGGGGGGGUGUUUUUUCCCCUCCGUCGUCUGGACACCCGUCUUCGGUGUGUGGAGACGUGGAAGUAUUUUCCCACGUGGAGGUGUGCUUUCUCACGAGGGGGUGCGUUUUCCCAUGUGCAGGGUGAGGUUUUUUUUUGCCGCCCUGGACACAUGUUGGCUCCCUCAAAGAAUUUCUGUGGGGAUUUGUGCCCCAGAAUCCUGUUCCCUCAUGCCUUCUCCCACCUCCUCCCUCCUCCCACCCCCUGGAGACCCUGGAAGUGGUGUGUUCACAAACAGCGACCCUUGGCCACCGGACGACGCAGGGUGGUGCCUGGGAAGUAGCGAGGAAAUCACAGCCCCCCUGCCCUGCCCCCAGCCCUCCCGCCCCAGCGAAGCAUGUGUAUCCCCCGUGGCACAAGUGAGGUGAAGCACGGUCUCCCCCAGGCAGGCCUUGCCUUCCACAGAUGACAGACACACAUUCCCUGCCGCGGGGAAGGGAGGAGAUCCUGCAUCCCUGUGCUGCCUGGGAACGUGUCUUCCCCUGGGUCCAGGAUGCAUUUCUGAGUGGAAACAUGUUCUUGCAUGUGGAUGUAUGUUUUCCCAUGCAGACGGCCCCUUUCUCUCCAGCACAUCCCUGCAUCUUACGGCCUCAGGCCCAGCACUUACCUUCUCACAAGGGAGACUUGUGAGAAGGACAAGUGAAAGGACUUCAAACUGACAGAAGCUGAGGGGGAGGGACAAACCCUGAGGAGACGAACAGACCCUAAGCUCUGCCCUUCCUUCCCCUAGAGUUCGGGGGGUGGGGGGCUGCGUGGCACCUGCCACCCACAGAGGCCGUGCAUGUUUGACCAAAGCCCUCACCGCGGUCUGAGGGCAGCCCUUCUUCCCUCAGUCCUCAGACCAUCUCUCAUCCGUGCCAAACUGGUGAGGUGGGUUUGAGGGGCGAAGACCCUCCAAAACGUGCCAAGGAUUCCUCAGCCCUGGACCCGGGCAGGUAGGAUACAGGAGAGGGGGAGGUGGCAGCUAAAGGGGUCCCGCCUGCGUCCCUCUUCUCGCCAUGUCUCAUCCCUCCCUCUCUGCCCCUGUUUUCCCUCCCCCCUUAGCCGUCCCCCUCUGAAGACAUCCCUUCCUGGUCUCAAGCCAGCUUCUCCCCUCAGCUGCCCACCCCCUCCUUUGACCUGCCCCCUCUCCCCCAGGGCUGAAGGAAAGGAGCAGUGGAGGGGGGAGGGGAGGAGAGCAGGGGAGAAAGGCUUCCCCGGACAGGUUGGGGGAGAGAACGGGGUCAGCUGUACUGAGGAACAGAUGGAGGGGACAGUGGGGGACGGCGCUUGGGCAGACACCAGCAGGAAGAAUUUGAUUUGAAAGGAUGUGUGUAAGGUGACUGCCCAAAGAGAAACGGUCUUGGCCUCUGGGGAAAGUAACAAUGUCGGGAAGGGUUUCAAGGGACACCAGCCGAGAAGGAGCCAAUCCUCGUCUGCUGGCAUUUUGUGGGUUCAUUAGUGCCAAAUUUGAAUAGGGGGUGGAGUGCUGUCUUCCACUGACCCCCAAAUCCCUGGUCUUGGCUCCCCAGAACUUUGCCUCCUGACUGUCCCUUCUGCCCCCACCUCCACCCAUGGAAACUUAGUUCUUUUCCCACCCCUUCCCCUGCCUGGUCUAGCUCCUUUCCAAACAGCCCUGCCUUCUAAAUGCUAGGGACCUGGGCCCUGAACCCUGUAGACAGAUGCCCCCCAAACUGGGGCAUGGGAGGGGGGCUGAGGGAUCCCAUGAUUCAGCCACGGACUCCAAUGCCCAGCCCCUGUCCCCAGAACAAUUCCUUGACAAUCCCAUGUCCCCACCCCAACCCUUCGCGGCUCUGUACACAUUUUUAAACCUGGCAAAAGAUGAAGAGAAUAUUGUAAAUAUAAAAAUUUAACUGUU